GCCCCGUCGCUCCCUGGCGCCGAGGUGCUUCCGGGCGGCGCGGGCCGGCAUGGCGGUGGCGGGGGAGCGGCGCGGGCUGGGCCCGGGGUGCGGGGAGGCCCCGUUCAGCCCUUCCGUGCUGGGCACCAGAGAGCACUGGGAUGCUGCAUAUGAGAGAGAACUGCAAACUUUUCAAGACAUUGGAGAUGCUGGGGAAAUUUGGUUUGGAGAAGAAAGCAUGGUUCGCUUAAUUAGAUGGAUGGAAAAACACAAGAUCCCCCUUGACAGCUCUGUGCUUGACAUUGGAACUGGAAACGGUGUUUUACUGGUUGAACUGGCAAAAUCUGGUUACACUAAUCUCACUGGGAUUGAUUACUCUCCUUCUGCAAUACAGCUUUCAGAACAAGUAAAAGAGAAAGAAGGGAUGUCUAACAUUAAAUUCCAGGUAGAAGACUUCCUGGCUCCAUCAGCUGAGCUAUCAGGAUUUCAGAUUUGUAUUGACAAGGGGACUUUUGAUGCCAUAAGCCUUAAUCCUGAGAAUGCAGCUGGAAAGAGGAAGGAGUAUGUGAGAUCUCUCUGCAGCGUAUUGCAACCGGAAGGCUUUUUCCUCAUAACAUCUUGUAACUGGACCAAGGAGGAGCUGCUGGAUGAGUUCAGAGAAGGAUUUGAAAUUCUGGAGGAGCUGCCAACACCCAAGUUUUGCUUUGGAGGAAGAAUUGGAAACAGUGUAACAGCAUUGGUUUUCCAGAGAAAAAAAGUGGGACCAUGCAUCUUGGACAGAUCAGAUUAGUUGAGAAAAGAAAAGCCUGACCUUUAAAGAAACCCUGACAGAAAACAGACACGUGUAAAUAAAUGCUCUUUGAGUGCACAGUAAAAACACUGUAUGGAACUCCAAGGGACUGUAAAACAUUGCCCUAGAAACAUUUCAACUUUUCAUAACUUGCCUGUAAAUUUUGUCCUUGCUACAACUUUAUUUGGUUUGGGAAGCUGCAGGUAUGUAAGUGAGAGGGGAAACAAGGCGUUCUAGUUUUUAUGAUUAAUACAACCGAACAAUUUUUGCAUUUGAAAUAUGCAGCUUACAUAUUUUUUAAUUUUUAUUUUGGUAACUGGUGACUGAUAGAGGUAAAUGUAUUCUGCAAAGCAGAAAUCUUUUUUCUGUUGUGUGGUGUAACGGGAACAAGCUUUUGAGAUUUAAGUGCUGGAUCUUUUUUUUUUUUCUUUUUUCCCCCUUAGGUAAAUAUGAAUGCAACAGUAUUAUCCAACACCAAUAUUUAGUUAAAUAAGGACAGAAAUGAAUAUAAAAGCUGUAGCACUUGCAAAAGAGACCCAGUUAGUGUGUUAAAUUCAGUUCUCAGGGUCAGCAUAGUUCCUCCCUCUGUGGGAAAAGAAUUGAGCUCUUGAGUGUUUUUAAAAAUCUCACUUGCCUGAAUGUGUGCAUGCUUUGCCAGUUAUUUCCACUGAUUCCAGAAAUAUAUAAAGGUGUGAUGUUAUAAUCUCACUAGUAGGUGACAUGUGUCUCUUCCAUUAUUAAUUUGCAAGUAAUUUUUUGUAAUGUCUUAAGAGCCAAUAACGAACAUCUGCUUCUCCAGUCAAUUUUUCAGGACAGAUUUUAGCUGCAUAAACCCAAAAGAAUCUAAACCAUAACUAUCCACUGCAUUAGUUUUUACUUCUGUGUGUGAUCCUUUUCUUUUUUAAUUUCCUUGCCUUUAUUUCUUCUGGAUUGCAAAAUCCUACUAUUGCUUGAAAGGAAGGAAAGUAAUAUUUCUUUAUGCCCUGACAGACAUUUACAGCUGAUGAUAAGCAUGUUAUUUCAAGCAUCCAGGAGGUCCUAUUAGGAAAUCAGUUUUCUUUUCACAGAAGAAGAUCACGUUUGCUCAGAGAACUGCUCUUCGUAGUUUCCAGUCUAAGCAGCAUUCAGGAGAUCUUGAAGGGUCAAGAAGUACUUCUAGUACUUCCCCAGGGUAGGAAAUCAGGCACAAAAGAUUUGCACAGUGGUGGGUCCCCCCUCUGCGAUCAGUCUGAUGACGUUUUCAAGGUAGGAAUCCUAAAUUCUACAUCUUUUUGCACAACAGGAUAAUCCUGGUUGCUUUGGAAGAACAGCCUAACAGCAGUGGUGAGGAAGCUUAGGCCUGGUGAAUAGAGUUCUUUGCAUAUUUCAUCAGGUUCAUUUUCCUAAUAUGAGUGCCAAAAACAAGAUCCUGUUAUCAUCUUGGUAACUAUUGUAGUACAAUGUACUGCAUCUGCCCUGAAAGCUUCCGGCAGCCAACAGGAAUGCUAUUGAAUGUAAGUGGCAAUUCAGAUAUAGUAUAUUUCUGAUGGAGUUCAAAGGAUUCAAAGUACACUACUGAUACCAAACUCAGUACAAAAAGUAUGACACUUUUGUAACAAUCUGGGAUCAGGUAGGGUUAAUACAGGCAAACUUUAAUGGGCAAGUACUCUGGCAGGAUGUGUUUCGGGCAUCUGUUUUAUUCCUAGCUGUAAUUUUUGCUAAUGAAGGCAUGAUAUGGAUUUAAUCAUGGAAUGAGAAUAAAUGAACAACUGUCCUGGA